UAUGAUGAAGGUGGAGGGAAGGCACACUCAGACACUCCCUCUAGCUUGAACUUGUGCAGGCUGUCUCACUCUUCUCACCAGUCAGUCAGUCGGGCAGUCAGUUAACGUGCACCGCCGCAUGGCUUGUGUUAGCGCCAACUUUCCUCACUAACAAGUGGAAUCUUGUCUCGAGGAAGGAGGAGAGGGAAGAGGAUCCGGAGCUCGGCUUGACUCGUGACGUCUUUUCUGGCGUGUCGUGCAUGUUUAAAUCGGAGCGCCGUGGUGCCGAGUGUCGGCCAGACGAGUAGUUCCAGCAGCGGCCACCUCAGUCCGCAGGCAUGACUUGGAGACGGGCCGCCGUCCUCGGUGCCUUUUUACUCACUUUACUUUUAAAGGUGUCAGAUGGAUCGGGACAGUUCGAGUUGCAGAUCUUAUCCACGCACAACGCGAACGGAGAGUUGCUGAACGGCGCGUGCUGCCACGGCACACGGAGCACCGCGGACACCAAGUGCACGCGGGGAGAGUGUCGAACCUUUUUUAAAGUUUGCCUCAAGGAAUACCAGUCGAGGGUUUCGGCGGCGGGGACCUGCAGUUUCGGAACGGGAACUACGCCUGUCCUCGGAGGGAAUACAUUUUCUUUUAGGAGCUCGGUCAGGAAUGACAAGGCCAGGAUAGUUUUGCCCUUCAGCUUCGCAUGGCCGAGAUCCUACACUUUGAUAAUACAAGCGUUGGACUUCAACAAUGAAACCAGCGGUGCAGAUGGGAGAGUGAUAGAGAAAUAUUUGUACUCGGGCCAGAUCAACCCGAGCCCAAACUGGCAUAAGAAGACCCACAAUGGCCCCGUCGCUCAGUUCGAGUACCAGAUCCGGGUCAGCUGCGACGAGCACUACUACGGCUUCGGCUGCAACAAGUUCUGUCGACCCAGGGACGAGUUCUUUGGGCAUUACACGUGCGACUACAACGGUAACAAGACUUGUCUGGAAGGCUGGUCGGGACCAGAAUGCAACACUGCAAUAUGCCGACAAGGCUGCAGUACUGAACACGGAUCAUGUCAGGAGCCCGGUGUUUGCACGUGUUUGUACGGCUGGCAAGGCCAAUACUGUGACAAGUGUAUCCCCCACCCCGGCUGUGUACAUGGCACAUGUGUGGAACCUUGGCAGUGCCUCUGCGACACCAACUGGGGUGGACAUCUUUGCGACAAAGAUCUCAACUACUGUGGCACUCACCAGCCGUGUAUUAACGGAGGGACUUGCAGCAACACUGGACCGGACAAGUACCAGUGUUCGUGUGCUGAAGGUUAUUCAGGAGCCAACUGUGAGAGAGCGGAACAUGCCUGUUUGUCCAAUCCCUGCUCAAAUGGCGGCAGCUGCUCAGAAACCAGUCACGGUUAUGAAUGUCACUGUGUGCCAGGCUGGAGCGGCCCUUCCUGCACUCUCAAUAUUGAUGACUGCUCUCCAAACCAUUGUAAUCACGGAGGGACCUGCCAAGAUCUUGUCAACGGCUACAAAUGUCUUUGUCCCUCUCAGUGGACUGGAAAGACAUGUUUGAUAGAUGCCAACGAAUGUGACGCCAAACCCUGCGUAAAUGCCAACUCGUGCCGCAACCUGAUUGGCGGGUACUUCUGCGAAUGCAGCCCCGGUUGGACGGGCCAGAACUGUGACGUCAAUAUAAACGACUGCAUGGACCAAUGCCAAAAUGGGGGAAUCUGCAAGGACUUGGUGAAUGGAUAUCGCUGUGUGUGUCCCCCCGGCUUCACCGGCGAGCACUGCGAGAGGGACAUUGACGAGUGUGCCAGCUCGCCUUGUCUCAACGGCGGGCGCUGCCAGGACGACAUCAACGGCUUCCACUGUCUCUGUCUGGCCAGAUUUUCAGGGAAUCUCUGCCAGCUGGAUAUCGAUUACUGCUCGCCCAACCCCUGUCAGAAUGGAGCACCCUGUUUCAACUUGGCCACAGACUACUACUGCGCCUGCCCGGAGGACUACGAGGGCAAGAACUGCUCUCACCUCAAGGACCACUGUCGCACCACUACAUGUAAAGUAAUUGACAGUUGCACGGUUGCGGUGGCAUCUAACAGUACGCCUGGAGGAGAGCGCUACAUUUCGUCCAAUGUGUGCGGGCCUCAUGGGCGGUGCCGGAGCCAAGCCGCUGGCCAGUUCAGUUGCGAAUGUCAAGAAGGCUUCAGAGGAACCUACUGCCAUGAAAAUAUCAACGACUGCGAGAGCAGCCCGUGUCGCAACGGUGGCACCUGUAUCGACAAAGUUAGCGUGUACCAGUGUAUCUGUGCUGACGGCUGGGAGGGCGACCACUGUGAGAUCAACAUUGACGACUGCAGCGCCAACCCCUGUCAUAAUGGUGGGACGUGUCGGGACCUGGUGACUGAUUUCUUUUGCGAGUGCAAGAAUGGCUGGAAGGGGAAAACGUGCCACUCCCGCGAAAGUCAGUGCGAUGAAGCCACUUGCAACAACGGAGGCACCUGCCAUGAUGAGGGCAAUGCCUUCCAGUGCAAGUGCUCCCCAGGGUGGGAGGGGACAACAUGCAACAUAGCCAAAAAUUCGAGCUGUCUUCCAAACCCUUGUGAGAAUGGAGGUACCUGCGUGGUGACGGGGGAGUCUUUCUCCUGUGUCUGCAAGGAGGGCUGGGAGGGUCCCACGUGCACCCAAAACACCAACGACUGCAGUCCACACCCAUGCUACAACAGUGGAACCUGUGUUGACGGAGACAACUGGUACCGCUGCGAGUGCGCCCCAGGCUUCGCAGGCCCAGACUGUCGGAUCAAUAUCAAUGAAUGCCAGUCCUCCCCGUGCUCUUUCGGAUCCACUUGUGUCGAUGAAAUUAACGGCUACCGCUGUCUGUGCCCACCAGACAGAAGUGGGGCGCACUGUCAAGAAGUGACAAGAAAAGCCUGCUCAGUUAAUGGACGCGUGAUAUCUGACGGGGUCAAAUGGGAUGAAGACUGCAACACUUGCCACUGUUUCAAUGGGAAAGUCAUAUGCACAAAGAUGUUGUGUGGUCCAGUAGCAUGCCACCUCGGUACCAAAGGCCGAAGCGGCUGUCCUUCAGGCCAGAGCUGCUUCCCCAUCAGAGAGGGCCACUGUUUCGUCAAACCCUGCCUCGGACUCGGGGAGUGCUGGCGCCCUGGUCCGAUUCCGCCGACCCCCAAAUGUCACCCAAGCUCUAGCUACGAGGAUAAUAGCUGCACCAACAUCACCUUCACCUUCGACAAGGAUAUCUUGUCUAGGGGUGUGCAGAGCUUGACUGUGGAGAAUGUGUGUAACCAGCUGAGGCGCUUGUACGUGGUCAAGAAUUUGUCUUUGGAGCAUUCCGUGUCUAUAACCUGUGACCCGUCAUUCUCAGCCAGCAACGAGAUCCACGUCUGCAUCUCAACAGAGGACCAUCGUUUGGACCGGAGUCCUAUAAAGGAGAUCACCGAGCGGCUAAUUGACCUGGUCAGCAAACGCAACGGGAACAACACUAUCAUCGCUUCCAUCGUGGAAGUGUGCGUGCCGAGCCCCAGCAAAACUGACUACCUAGUGCCCCUCCUCAGCUCCAUCUUCAUCGUCCUGUGGGUCCUCCUUCUCAUCUCCAUCCUGCUUUGGUGCAUGCGUCGCCGGCGGAAACAGAGUAGCCUCGGUGGCGGGGCGGCAGCGGCCGCCGGCUCCGAUGAUAAUACCACCAACAACGUGCGCGAGCAGCUCAACCAGAUCAAGAACCCCAUCGAGAAGCACGUGGGCCUGUCGGUGGCCAUCAAAGACUACGAGCACAAGAACUCCAUCAUCGCCAACAUGAGGACAAAUCACCCCGAGGGGGACGAGGACGACAAGGAGAGGCACCUCCAGAAGGGCCGCUUCGCCAAACAGCCGGCGUACACACUGGUGGAGCGGGACGAGAAGAUCUCGGGCCCCAACUCGGCCGGCAAACACCCAAAUUGGACUAAUAAACAGGACAACAGAGACUUGGAGACGGCAAACAGCAUAAACAGAAUGGACUACAUAGUAUAGCGGACAGCUGCGUUGCUGUGCAACCGAGCCUGAGACGCGGUCACACCCCCGGUGGCGGGUGAACCAGGGGAGCUUCGGCAUGCCGUGUCGGUCGCGGCCCCGCAGUAUUUUCAUAUUUUCCCCGUGUUAAUUUAAGUUUUUGACAAGCUGGCUUACACUGGCAGUGACGGUUGCUUUGGUUGGCUGGAAACACAAGGCACUGGUAUACAUUUCACUGUAGAAUGUUAACUCAUGGGCUGCCAUUGACGGCAAUAGACGUCCGAUCCGUUUGAACCGGGAGGGUCGGCGGCGUCUACUAGUGAUAUUUGAAAUUCACAACAGAAGGAUGAAACAGUCACAUUCGGACGUCUAUCGUCGUCAGUGACACUGAAAGAGUUAGGUUUACUCCACCGCAUUUCAGCCCCGCCCCCUUUUGUCUUUUUUUUUUUUUUAGUGGACACGUGGAACGGGCUCCUGUUGUAAUUGUUGUACAAUGACUAAAACAACCCUGUUGUGUUCAGCACUAGCGCUAAUCAUUUUAGUGAGUGAAUUCUUUCUAGUACCGUUUCAGAAAAAGUGCCUUUUCAGCUUUAGACUUCGCCACUGUCAAAUGAGGAAAACAAAAAAAGAGCAAGUUUAUUAUUUAUUUUUAUUUUGGGGAGGGGCGGGAGGCGGAGAGAGGGGCGGGGUGGGUUUAAUGUCAGCAACGGCUGCCAAUAUGAAGAAUUUAUGUUGAUUUAGAACAUGUAGAUAUGUACAUUUUUUUAUUAAUCAUUGUGUAUAUUUGAUUUAUUAAUUUAAUAAUCAAGAGCCUUAAGAUAUCAUUCCUUUUUAUUUAUAUGUUGUCUAGUUUGAAGGUUUUGAUAGCUGUGGAAGCUUACCAUUUCUUUCAAUGACUGUUUUCUCCAAUGCGUUCUAUAAAGCCAAAUGUCAGAAUUUCAAAGACAAACAAUGGGCACUUUUGGGCCUGAGACUUUUUUUUUUUCGUUUUGUUUUGUUUUUUAAACACAAUUAGACAUUUCAUUUGUUGCCAGGACAUUGACUGAAUGCAAAUGCUUGCUGCGAAGGAUGGACAUGUUGGCAGACAUAUUGCUUGCCAUCAGACGGUAAUUAAAAUUAAGGGAACAAAAAUGUCCUUGAAAGCAGCCUCAAAAGUUCGACUCACAUUUCAAAGGUGACGAGGCAGGUGACGAGGCAGGUCACGUGACUGCGACGAGCGGGGAUUCCCAUCAUAAGCUAGACCGUGAGUACUUGAAGAGCAGAUUGGCGAUGGGAACACUGUAGGAGCACGUGAAAUAUACUGCCUCCCUUGACAAGUCAUUGUUUGCAUCCUUUCUGUGCACAUUUCUUUUUAAUGAGGCUCUUAAAAAGACAAACAUGGUUAUCUCAUCUGUUAAGGAGAUCGUGGCAACAUUUUUGUCCAUUUUUGACUUGUUUGAACUUGAGAACAAUGUGUUGAUCUGGCAAUAUAUUUUUUGAAAGUUGUAUUUAUUAAAUAUUUUGUAUGAAAAGAGAAUUAAAGAAGUCUUUGUUCUGGAUUGUGUAGAUAGCGUCGUUCUCUGAGAUUCCGAAUAGUCCAAACGUUCCUAAAUCCGUGUUAUCAAUGUACAUGUGGAAGUUGGGUUGGCAACUCGAUGAAAAAGAAAUAAUGGACACCUCUGGCCAGCUGGCCCGAUAGCCAUCACCCUAGAAUUAUUUUUUUGUAUGUGAUUUUAUUUUUUUAUUUUUUUAGUGUAUUAAUAACAAGGUUAUAAUUUUACUCAAACCUGAAUUAGGUACAUAUUUGAGUGGUAUAAGCACAUGGAAAAACAAUAAUUAUCAGCAAUUCAUUUUUUAAGACAAAAAAUACUAGAAUAAAAACAUGUUCUGCUAGAUUUAAAACUAUAACCCUUAAGGUCCUGAGCCUAUUGUGUGUAUGUGUUUUGUUGGCUGAUUCCCCCCCCCCAACUUGGGUGCGUUCAAAGUCCCCUCAGCAAUAACAAUUUUGCAAAUGAUUACUCUCAAAUUAACAGGACACAAAAAUAUACCGCUAUUUUCGGGCUAUAAGCUGCUCCUCUUUUCCCA